AAAGGGUUGAUAGCGCUACCGUUAAGUGUACACCUAACCGGUGAAAGAACUGAAUCGUAGCGUGCCGUAGACCACAGCAGAGAUGAAGACUUGAUCGGAACUCGCCUUGCAUGCUGGUUGGGUGUUGUUAUCGGCUCGCGUCGGUAGCAGGAGAAGCGGGUUUCAGCUCGCGGCGCAGGGAUGGACUCCUGGACGCCUAACCCCCGGGCCAAACCCUUUAUUCCCCGCCAUCAGCGAAGCCUCUAUCUCACCUGGAAAUACAAACUCACCAACAAAAGGUCCAUCCGCAGAUUUUGCCAGGCUGGAGCAGUACUUUUUCUGCUAGUGACAGUCAUUGUGAACAUCAAACUCAUAUUAGACACAAGGAGAGUGGCCAAUGAGGAGGACACUUCUCAAGAUUAUGAUGAUGUUUUACCCAACAUGGAGACCCCUCGUAGGCCGAACAAUGGGCGUAAAGUGUUGGAUAUCGAGGUGUACUCCAGCCGUUCGAAAGUUUACGUUGCCGUGGAUGGCACCACAGUUCUGGAGGAUGAGAUGAGAGAGCAGGGGAGAGGUAUUCAUGUGAUUGUUCUCAAUCAGGCCACGGGUCACGUGAUGGCCAAAAGAGUUUUUGACACCUACUCUCCACAUGAGGAUGAAGCCAUGAUCCUCUUCCUCAACAUGGUGACCCGUGGACGCAUCCUCAUCUUUACCAUUAAGGAUGAGGGGACGUUCCAUUUGAAGGAUGCAGCCAAGAACCUGCUGAAAGGGCUGGGCAGUCAGGUGGCCCUUACACUGGGCUGGAGGGACAUGUGGACACUUGUGGUUAAAAAAGGAGGUCAGGUAUAUGGAGAGAAACACUCUAAAUCUCCUGCCCUGUCCACCUGGGGUGACCCUGUGCUGUUGAAGACGGAGGUGCAGCUGACGGCUGCUGAAGAGGCAGAGUGUCACUGGGCAGACACGGAGCUGAAUCGCAGGAGGAAACUGUUCUGUAGUAAAGUGGAAGGUUAUGGAAGCAUCUGUAGCUGUAAAGACCCAGCACCCAUUGAGUUUAACCCAGAACCUCUACCAAACAAUAAUGUGUAUAAUGUUCCUGUGGCAGUCAUAGCAGGGAAUAGACCAAACUAUCUGUACAGGAUGCUGCGUUCUCUCCUGUCUUCCCAUGGAGUCAACCCUCAGAUGAUUACCGUCUUUAUUGAUGGAUACUAUGAGGAACCAAUGGAUGUAGUUGAGCUGUUUGGGCUUAAAGGAGUUCAGCAUACACCAAUCAGCAUUAAAAAUGCCAGGGUGUCACAGCACUAUAAGGCCAGCCUGACUGCGACCUUUAACCUCCAUCCAGAUGCAGACUUUGCCAUUGUCUUGGAGGAGGACUUGGACAUUUCCAUAGACUUCUUCAGCUUUCUCAGUCAGACCAUUCAUCUGCUGAAGGAGGAUGAGAGUGUGUACUGCAUCUCUGCAUGGAACGACCAGGGUUACGAGCACACUGCGGAGGACCCAGCUCUGCUGUACAGAGUGGAGAGUAUGCCCGGACUGGGCUGGGUACUGAAAAAGAGCCUGUACAAAGAUGAACUGGAGCCCAAAUGGCCCACACCUGAAAAGCUGUGGGACUGGGACAUGUGGAUGCGGAUGCCGGAGCAGAGGAAAGGCCGAGAGUGCAUCAUUCCCGACGUUUCCCGCUCCUAUCACUUUGGGAUCAUCGGCCUCAACAUGAACGGAUAUUUCCACGAAGUCUACUUCAAGAAACACAAGUUCAACACAGUGCCAAACGUGCAGCUGAAGAACGUUGACAGCUUAAAGAAAGAGGCCUACGAGGUGGAGAUCCAGAACCUUCUGAGAGAGGCGGAGGUUCUGGACCAUAGUAAGAACCCCUGCGAAGAUUCGUUCAUCCCUGACACGGAGGGGAAAACCUACGCCAUGUUCAUCAAAAUGGAACAGGAGACAGACACCAACACCUGGACUGAACUGGCCAAGUGUCUACAUGUGUGGGAUUUGGAUGUGCGAGGUUACCACAGGGGGCUCUGGAGACUCUUCCGGAAAAAGAAUCACGUUCUCAUUAUAGCUGUUCCUAUCUCACCAUACUCUGUGAAGAAGCCAGCUCACAUCGCUCCCAUCCAUCUUGAGCCUCCGCCCAAAGAGGAGGGAGCCCCAGUGGAGCAGAUAUAGAUCAGCUAUGAAUGGAAUAUGUCAAUCAACCACUAACUAACACUGGGUGCCGCUGCCCUCCUGCUGGCCGCUCUGAGGACGGAAGAUGGAAACUUUUACAUUAGCUUUGUCACUGGACCGUCCUAUGUCUCUUGUAUUCAUGGACUACAAAUGCGGCCUGAGGUCAUGGCAAAUACUGACUGAAAGAGUCAUGGGAAAUGUAGUGUGUUAAAAGCAUCAUUGUUCUUAGCUUGUUCUUAGGGCUGUUGCUCAAGGCCUUGAAACUGGACAAGUACAAUCUGUGAGUGUGU